UCGAAAGAAAAAAAAAAAUCUCCAUCACUUCAACAAUGGCGAUCACCAUCACGGAGAACAGAACAUUCGCAUACUCUUCACAGACCUACAACGUCCAGUUCUUCACGGAUGACAUCCACACCACCGUCACCGCCGACGCCGCCGUCGUCACCGACUGGAUCAACGGCAUCCAGCCUCGCCGAGUCCUCAUCGUCGGCCUCGACGCGGAGUGGCGCCCCAGCUUCGGCUCUCCACAGUACAAUCCCGUCGCGACGCUGCAGCUCUGCGUCGGCAACCGCUGCCUCAUCUACCAAAUCAUCCACUCCGUCUGGAUCCCCGCAUCCCUGGCCAGUUUCCUCUCGGAUUCGCGCCAGUUCGGGGACGUCACCUUUGUCGGCGUCGGCAUAAAAACAGAUCUGGAGAAGCUGCAGAGAGAUUACGGGAUCGGCGGCGUGUUGAAAAUAACCAUCUGCAUAAGUGACGUGGCAGUACUGUUCAAGGUGACGUGGCAGUUACUGUUCAAGGUGACGUGGCAGUUACUGUUCAAGGUGACGUGGCAGUUACUGUUCAAGUUACUGUUCAAAUUACUGUGA